AAAUAGACGGCCCCGUUCCGCCUUCUCCCGUUUCUUUUGUCCUGCCGUUCCUUUUCCCUUUUUCCAGUUAGCCAAUGUUGCUGCCCAACUGCUUGCCACUCGUAUCGGUUACUGAGCCAGCUGAAUUCGUGCCCCGGGACCAUUCGAUCUCAUCCACGUACUUGUACCAAAUAAAUACGUUGAGAUUGCCACCCGACUGCAAGCGGUCUGCUCUCCACCACAUCACCACUCCUCUAGAGAGAUCUCUCGACAUCGCCCUUGAGCUGACCCUUCAUAUUUUGGGUGUUUCUGUCAUUUACGGCCCUUUUUAACAAAUCGGAUAUUUAUUUACUUUUAUUAAUAUCAAGAUGGCAUCAUCGGAAGCUACCCCAGAGACCGCCGCUGUCAAGAACGGAGCCGACCCGGCGGCCAAGCAGAGCAUCGAGAGGAAGCCGGUCGCAGCGGGGCAGUCGGGAUCCCCGCCCCCGGUUACGAUACCGGCGUCGUCAGCAACCCCAUUAGCACCCGCGCCAGCACCCGUUCCGGCACCCGCUCCGGAAACACCAGAAAAGCCCGAGGUUACAGCAGUAACAGCCGAUGACGGCGUCAACCCCCUCGACUUUGAGGGCUCGGUCGAAACCAACCACGACCUCCCCACACUCGACACCAUCCGCAAAAUCGACAACUACACGGUGCUAGACCGCGAUGGCAAAUCCCACACCUUCCGGAGCUUGUACACCGGCCGCCACACCGCGCGACGAGUCCUAAUCAUCUUUAUCCGGCACUUCUUCUGCGGUAACUGCCAACAAUACCUGCGCACCCUCUCCGAGUCCAUCACCCCCCCAUCCCUCCUCGCCCUGCCCCACUCCACCUUCAUCUGCGUCGUCGGCUGCGGCGACCCGGCCCUGAUCGACAUGUACGCCGACGCCGCCGCCUGCCCCUUCCCCAUCUACGCCGACCCCACCCGCCGCCUGUACGCCGAGCUGGGCAUGGUGCGCACCCUGGCCCUGGGCCCCCGCCCGGCGUACAUCAAGACUCAUUUGGUGAAGUCCAGUGCGUUGAGUGUCGUGCAGGGUUUGAAGCAGAUUGGGAAGGGCUUGGCGUUGAGGGGCGGGGAUUCGAAGCAGGUUGGCGGGGAGUUCUUGUUUGAGCCGGUGGGGAGGGAUGCGGUUGGGGGGGGGAUGGUCGUGGCGACGACGCCGGUGGGGAUUGAGCCGCCUAAGGCGUGGACGACGACGGCGGGUGAUGCUGGUGGUGGUGGUGCGGAGGGGGAGGGGGAGGGGAAGAGUGGGCGGUCGGAGACGAGCUUGGAUGGGAAGGGGGAGCCGGAUUCCGAGGGUGAGGAUAAGGUUGUCACGUGGUGCCAUCGCAUGCAGAAUACGAGGGACCAUGCCGAGGUGCCGGAGCUGAUGGAGGUGUUGGGGCUGGAUGGGGAUGGGAGGCCGGUGGGGGAUAAGGAGAGGUGGGAGCGGGCGGUCAGGGAGCGGAAGGGGACGGGGGUGAGUCUGGCGGGGCGGACGAGUAAGGAGGUGGGUGUGGAUGGCACGGUGCUAUAAGCUGCCUAGUAAGGCUAUUGGGUGAGAAAGAGGAUGGGCCCUCGAGAGUGAGACAUGUCAUGAGUUAUGUUUGAUUUAGGCUUGGUAUGGUGUUUGGGGCGUGGGCAUUGUGUUUGUUAGAUGUGAAUGAUACCAUCUUCCCUCU